UUUUUCAGAGCGCAUUUGCAGAUUUUCCACAGAUGUAAUAUUUAGAAAGACUGCAUUGAUUCGAUGUAAUUUCGGCAUUGCAGUUAAAAGUACAAUAACCUUUGCAUAACAAAAACAUUUUUUUCAUCCGCUGCCUGAAGCUCGGCGCAUGCGCGCUCUCUGUUUGCUGUCACUAAAACAUUUUUCUUCGCAUUGGAAACUGUCACGAGUGACGUCAAUCACGGAGCUCUGACCAAUUAGAGCGCUCGGUGAUUGUUUGGCUCCACGGGCUGCAGCGCCUACCAUGAAUCUCUAUUCAGUAUAUCAAAGCGUCCUGCUGCUGCCUCUCAACCGAAUGGGAUUCCACGUAGGCACUGAGAUAGCAACUAAACUUUAGGGGAAGUUUAAUUUUUUUUUCUUCUGUAUUCUUCAAAGCGAUUAAAAUAUAUUUGUCAUCAUCAUUAUUAUUAUUUUGCCUGCUGUCAAGUUAUUCUAAAAUUAGGAGUAAUGAGCGUGGAUGCUUUGGGAAGCCCUGUGAUGGACCCCGCGUUUUCCAAACGGAACACGACGCUGAGAUUAGUUGACUUGGCAGGGGCUCACCACCAUCACCAUCAUCACCACCAUACCCCUCAGAGCGUGACAGGCUUCCCGGGGUUCAGCAGCCAUCCACACUCAAUGGCUCACUCGCACCCUGGGGAGAUGACUGCGGAACCCCGCCUGGGGCCGAGUCCAUUCGGGCCAGAACACAUGGGGCACUCCGCGGCCCUCAAAAUCAGCCCAACCCAUCAUUAUCCCCACCACCAUCACCACCACAAUCAUCAUAUUGCAGGCCACAGUGAAGUGGUCUCCAGUCAAACGGGAGCUUUUGGCCCGGUGCAGGCGGCAACGGUCCCGUACUCUAUGUCUCACACGGCCCAGGCGCUAUCCGCAGGUAGGGAUUUCCUCAUUCGCCGAGAUUUGACAGCUCAAGCCAUGCCCGUGUUGACCGAUCAGACUUCUGGUUCAGCCUCUCACCACGGAAUGUUUGUCUCAACAACAGGUAGCUAUCCGGGACACUAUGGUCAUCACCCCGACCCUGGGAACCACACGCUCUUCCCUGGACUUCAUCACGAGCAGCCAUCUACCGGAGCACCAGGUGGCCAAGCCUUGAACGGACAAAUAAGGUUAGGAAUACCUGCCGAAAUGUACGUUCGGUCUGAUCAUUUGAGUCAAGUAGCGAGCUCCAGGGCAGACCCGUUUGCUGCUUCUCCUCUGCACGGAUACGGCGGGCUCAAUCUGAACAUGAAUCUCAGCGCACACCACCACCACGGAGCUGGCGCUUUUUUCCGUUACAUGAGGCAACCGAUCAAGCAAGAGCUCAUCUGCAAGUGGCUGGAGCCAGAGCACUCCGCGAAGAAACUUUGCUCCAAAACUUACAGCACCAUGCACGAACUGGUGACACAUGUGACUGUGGAGCACGUUGGAGGACCCGAGCAAGCGAACCAUAUCUGUUUUUGGGAAGAAUGUCCGCGAGAAGGAAAGCCAUUUAAAGCAAAGUACAAACUUGUGAAUCACAUCAGAGUGCACACCGGGGAGAAACCGUUCCCUUGUCCAUUCCCCGGCUGUGGAAAAGUAUUUGCUCGAUCGGAAAACUUGAAAAUCCACAAAAGGACACACACAGGUGAAAAGCCUUUCAAAUGCGAGUUUGACGGCUGUGACAGACGGUUCGCCAACAGCAGUGACCGGAAAAAACAUUCCCACGUACACACUAGCGACAAGCCGUACAACUGCAAAGUCAGAGGUUGUGACAAAUCUUACACGCAUCCCAGCUCUUUGAGAAAACACAUGAAGGUGCACUGCAAGUCUCCACCUCCGAGUUCGGGUUACGAAUCAUCGACUCCAUCUCUUGUUUCUCCUUCAUCGGACUUGGGACGGGAGCCAGCUCCCUCUGCGCUCUCGGAGCCCCUCUCAUCAUCGUCCCAGCCGGCCAAUUUAAGCGAAUGGUACGUGUGUCACAGCUCCGGUGCCAGUGGCCCUCAGACCCCACCCAGCGGUUCAUCCACGCCGGGCCAUACAGAGGGACCAACGUACGGCAAUCCUGAACGGAGGGACGCCUUCUAACACAAUGUUAGCCCCGUAACUUUUUAUUUUUAUCUUGGCAAAGUGACUAAAUGACUUUGACAUCUUUUCUUAGUUGGACAGUCCAAUUUGGACUGAAUGGUCACAGGCUUAUGUCUGUGUAAGUCAGUUCAAAGAGUAGGCUCGUCCACUGUUACUGCCUUACUGAAGGAUGCACUGGCCCUUUGACAGCUAAUGUCACUGCCUAACCACCAAUCGAUUUAAAACAUGUCCCGAGUGUAUAUGUUUCUAAAUAGUGUACUGACCGUACGCAUGUCACUGUAUAAUUUUGUAAAUUCCGCUUCUGAUUUCAAUAUUUUAAUUUAUUUUUUAAUCGGUAAAGAAUUUCUUUUUGUAUUAUUGAACCAAAGUGCUUAAUUAUUAAACAUGUACAGUUGUAAAUAACCACGUUUUAAUGUCUAUGUGUGAACAGUAAUUUUGUAAGGUUUUGUCUUUCAGCAAUUUUUAAAUGUUUGCUACUAUACUUUGUACAAAAUUAAUAUUUGAAAGUUAUUUGAAUUUCAUAAACAACCCGUCGACUCUUUCCUCGUUGUGCUUUCUCCAGCCAAGCCAAUUUGAUGGAAACAGUGCUAUUGUAUUUGAUAUGACGUUUCAGUUAUGAUUAGUCAUUAAUCAAUGUGGUUAUUUUGUGAUUUUGUAAAACUUGUCAGCAAUCCAUUUUUAUGAAAAGUAUGAAUUAUCAGAAGAGACCUUAAAAUGUGUACCGAAAUGCCUUGUAAGUUGUCAGUAUUUUGAAUAAAUUGUGUAUGAUGAA